ACCUCGAGCAGAACCAGACUCAAUGAUGGGCGGCCAUCCGCCGCUGCCGUGUUAGGUUUUUCCGUUUUAGGUUUAUUUGUGACUCUCACCUAAAACGGGGGUGUUCAGUGACUUGUAGAUGCUGGAGGAGCAUCAAACGUGCCAUGCAAAUCACUGUCAGAUCUCUUGUAACGAUGGGUAGGGACCAUUCUCAUAUCCGGAUAGCUGCCAAUCAGAAGUCUCUGCUGCCUUAUUGAGAAUCGAUUCACUCGCGUAGUUGAUGAAUAGGGUCGUAAAUGUCCUCGCCCUCCGCACCACGGCUUUUGGUUCUUCUUGAGGUGGAUUUCAUCAUGCUGGUAGUCUGUUAGUUUUCGGUUUCGCUGGGCGCGUUUCCUCCUACUUUCAGCACUUCUCUUUUCAACAGAGGCGCACUGCGCUUUUACGCACGACUCCAGUGACACUGUGUCGGGGAGCGGAGUGCCAUGAAGACCGUCAGUGUGUGAGCGCUUUGCUGCCACCGCUGCAAGAAGAUGAUCCUGCUGUCUGGUCUGUUGUUCAUUCUCUGGGGAGAACCGGCCCGGUGCCUGGAAGAGGGUGGAGGCUUUCACUUCAGUGGAGAUAUCCGCCACUUCGCCGUGGCCAACAACACGGUUUACAUCGCUACAGAGGAGAAGCUGUACCAGCUGAGCCACGACCUGACUCUGGUCCAGAGUCUGACCCAGAGAGGAAUCUGGAAAGGUGGGCCUCAGUCAGACGACGCGCAGUUUUACCGGGUUUCUGAGACGGAUGAGUGGAACGCAACUUUCAGUGUCAACAUCUUGCUGCCGUUUGUUCAGAAUGGCACUCUGAUCAGCUGCGGUGUGAUCAAGUGCGGCUACUGCGAGCUGCUGGACCCGAAGAACAUUUCCAAUGUGCUGUACAGGGAGCCCAUCCAGGUGGGGCCCGGAGUGCACAGCAGCGCGUCCGUCGGCUUCCUGGUGGAUGUGAAGACUCGGAUCCGGACCGAGACUUACAUUCUGGCUGCUGUACAGCAACCCGAAGACAAGUCCACAAAGACCAGCUGCAUCUCUGAUUUAGAUGCGGUGAACCUUUAUAAUACGAAUAACAAUCAGAGCGGAUCGAUAUUUUCCUCUACUGGCGAGUCUUCUGGCGCUGCGAUCAAACGUGAAGGUGACGGUCAUGUGGAGUUUGUGGAUGGAUUUCAGAUCAGUUUAAUCAUUUAUCUUUUCUCCAACCUGCCCUCAGAAGACAAAAGCAACAAAGUCCGUCUCAUAUGGCUCGAGGGACAAACAGGCAAAGCCCAGACUCUGAAGUCUCUGCGGGGCGCGACUCUCAGUAUCUCUGAGGGUGCUGGUAAAGGCAGCAGACUCCUGGCCUCCUCGGUGAUCCCGGGUGGGCCGCCGGUGCUCUGGAGCGGCGUGUUCAGUGUGGACGGAGGACAAACCAACACCGAGCUGGUAGUGUUUGACAUCAGCCCUGAUCUCACCGGAGAGGCCGAUACGGAUCCAGACUUCUGCAGCGUCUGUUCUGACAAGGCAACACUGCCGCCAAAGACUCUGAAGCCGAAGACGGUGCUCUUCAGGCAGAACUACAUGAGCUCUGUGCUGGCAGUGAGACACAAGGCCUGGAUGGUUUUCUUCAUUGGGACGGGAGAUGGGCAGCUCAUUAAGCUUGCUGUGGACAUGAACUAUCGCACCACCUGUCCCAGGGUGCUGUACAGGGCCAAUGACGACCGCCAAGUGUUCCCCAAAAUACAUCUGGAUCAAGUGGACCGUAAACAUGUGUACGUGCCAUUUCGAAACCAGAUGAAGCGCGUACCUGUGUCAAAGUGCAGCACAUACACAAAUGUGCAGGACUGUUGGUCUGCACAGGAUCCAUACUGUGUCUGGUGCGGCUCUAAAAGAAGUUGCACAUUCGAAGAUGACUGCCAAGAUUCAGACUGGUUGUCCAUUCCUGAUGAUUCCCGUCAACAGAAAAUGGUUUCCUACAAAGUUGUAAAGGACAGCACUGGCCAGAUCACACUUAACAUCCAGACACACCUGACUGUGGGCCUGAAGGCUCGGGCUAACUUCGCCUGUCAAUUCUCUGCAAGCUCCAGUGAGCUUUGUAGCAGGACAAGCCCUCCUCCACAGUUCCCACAAUGCACCUGCAUUCUUACAAAUGCCACACUUCCUGCUGAAGGCCUGCGUGCCACAGUUAGGAUUAGACUUGGGUCGACACAAUUGUUGGAACAACCGAAGAUAUCCAACUGCCCUGACAUCAGGGGACAGCCAACUUCUGUCCUGUGUCGGCAGUGUAUCGAGGCUGGAUGUGGCUGGAGCACAAACGGCUGUUCCUGGGGAAAUCGGGGAGUGGGGAAUCACAGUGUUUGCCAAAUGAUGGAGUCAGGGAUGAACUUUUCUAGACCCGAGAUCUCCUCCAUCAGUCCCAGCGUCGUGUCUUUCCAUGGCAGAAAUCACGCAGUGUUGUCCGGUCAUAACCUCAGUGAUGUGACCAGAGUCAGGAUCCAGGCGGACCUGGACUGCACGCCACAAGAAUCUCCUGUAUGGAACAAUACUGGUGUGAAUCUGACGUUCCACAUUCCCAGUGCUGAUAAUAAAGGCGUGGUCAAAGUAUGUGUUCUCCUCCCAGAUGGUAGUUGCCAUGGCAACGCUGAAAUCACCUACCAGUCAUCACCAUCCUGCACCAACAUUGCACCCAGCAGCACCUGGAUCAGUGGGAAGAGGAAGGUCACACUCAUGGGAUCCCACCUGGAGUUUGUGGAAGGGGUCAUACACAGCCACGCCCCACAGGAAGUCAGACUUCCCAGAAGCUGCAACUAUCAGAAUCUCACCUAUGACACACCUGCAGCUGGAAAUACUCGAGGGAUUUUUACAAGCACUGUGUCUCUGAAAGUAGCCAAUGAAACCUUGGCCUGCUCCACAGCAAUAACCUACUAUCCAGAACCCGAGUUCACUAGCUUCACGUCCACAAGGACGGGGGAUGAUGUCCGCAUCACCAUACAGAAAAAGGCAGACAAACUGGAGAUGACCACAGCAGAGCUGUCAGUGUGGGGCGUUCAGGAAGGAAAACAGUUCCCCUGCAUCAUGGAAACCAAAGAAACCAGUAACGAGACUGACUUUUUCAUCUGUGAGAUUCAAAGGACACCCGACGCUAAGUUUCAGCAGUUAAUGAUAAUGUAUGGAGACAAGACAGUAACACUGGACCUUGGGUCUUUAUUAUAUCUGUUCCUUCUGAUGCUGCUUGUCCUUCUGCUGAUACCAUUCAUUAUUGUUGUGGUGGCGAUAGUCUAUCGAAGCAAACAGAAGCAGCUCACUGUUAAGAUGAACAAGCUCAUGGAAGACCUGGAGCUCGACAUCAGGAAUGACAUUAGACAAGGUUUUGUGGAUCUGCAGACAGAGAAAGCUGACCUGAUGGAAAAUGUUGGAGCGAUUCCUUUCCUGGACUACAAGCACUUUGCCUCCAGAAUCUUUUUUUCACAGAGUGAAUCUUUGAUGUCAGAGUGUAUCAAAGACAUUGGUCAGGAUGCGGUGAAGGUGCAGCUCGAUGAGUGUUGCCAGGGCUUGUCCAGGCUGAUCCAGGACCAGCUCUUCCUCACAUCUAUGGUGCACGCUCUGGAGGAGCAGAAGAGCUUCACCAUCAAAGACAAGUGUACGUUGGCGUCAUUACUGACCGUAGCGCUCCACAACAACUUAUCAUACCUGACCGAGGUAAUGGAGGAUCUGUUGAGGGCACUCAUGCAUCAGAGCAGCAACACUCAGCCCAAACUGCUGCUACGACGCACCGAGUCCACUGUGGAGAAACUGCUGACCAACUGGAUGUCCAUCUGCCUUUAUGGCUUCCUCCGGGAAAGUGUUGGCCAGCACCUGUUCCUGAUGGUUAGCGCUCUCGCGCAGCAGACCGCAAAAGGGCCCGUGGACUGCGUGACAGAGAAAGCUCUGUACACACUCAGCGAGGACUGGCUGCUGUGGCAGGCUCAAGACUUCAGCUCCCUGAAGCUGAAGGUGCUCUUUACAGUGGGCAGUGACGGAGAGGUCAGCGAGCCUCUGGAGGUCAACGCUCUCAGCUGUGACACAGUAGAGCAAGUCAAAGAGAAAAUCCUGUCCACCUUCAAGGCCAAGUUUGGUUUCCCUUUCAACACCCCCCUCAGGCACGUUAGUAUCGAGUAUGAGAAGGAUGGAUCGUUUGUUCCUCUUAAGGAAGUGGAUGCGAGCUCGGAGGUUAUCGGGGAGGUGACGAUGCUCAACACACUCGAGCACUACAAGGUUCCUGAUGGAGCGACAAUCAAAGUGCUUUCUAGGAAAACUCAUCCUCCUCUGAGUCCGCAGGGAAGCCUGAAGGAUGAUGAGAACUUCUCUGGAAAAUACUUCCACUUGAUUGAUCCUGACGUUGCCGAGGAUCACAGAAAGAACCCAGAGAGGAAGAAGUUAAAACUGAAGGAAGUGCAACUCACCAAGCUGCUCUCCACCAAGGUGGCAGUGCAUUCAUUUGUGGAGAACCUGUUCAGAUCUAUCUGGGGGCUUCCGCACGGCAGAGCCACGCACGCUGUCAAAUACUUCUUUGACUUCCUGGACACUCAGGCAGACAACAUGAAGAUCACCGACCCAGAUGUCCGGCACAUCUGGAAGACCAACAGUUUGCCUCUGCGCUUCUGGGUCAACAUCCUGAAAAACCCCCAGUUUGUUUUCGACAUUGAGAAGACUCCAAAUUUGGACGGCUGCCUGUCUGUCAUCGCUCAGGCCUUCAUGGACUCCUUUUCUCUUAGUGAGACCCAACUGGGGAAGCAUGCACCAACCAACAAGCUCCUCUAUGCCAAAGACAUUCCCAAGUUCAAACAGGAAGUAAAGGCUUACUACAAGCAGAUCAGAGACCAGUCUCCAAUCACAGACUCCGAAUUCAAGGACUUCCUGCAGGAGGAGUCAAAGAAACAUGAAAACGAGUUCAAUGAAGCUGCAGCUCUCAGAGAGCUCUACAAAUUCAUCCAGCGAUACUUCACAGAGAUCAAAGAGAAGCUGGACCAAAACGGAGCCCCUACUGAACUGACGGAGCAACUGUAUCAUGUUAAAAACUUGUUUGAUGGACUCAAAAGCUGCUCCUGGAACUGAACUACCAUCCCUUCAUUUACAGUAGGUACGGAAAGUAUUCAGACCCCUUUAAAUGUUUCACUUUGUUUCAUUGCAGCCAUUUGCUAAAAUCAAAAAAGUUCAUUUUAUUUCUCAAUGUACACUCAGCACCCCAUCUUGACAGAAAAAAAAAAAAAUAAAUGUAGAAAUUUCAUAAGUAUUCAGAAAUCCUAAGUAUUCAGACCCUUUGCUCAGUAUUGAGUAGAAGCACCCUUUUGAGCUAGAACAGCCAUGAGUCUUCUUGGGAAUGAUGCAACAAGUUUUUCACACCUGGAUUUGGGGAUCCUCUGCCAUUCUUCCUUGCAGAUCCUUUCCAGUUCCGUCAGGUUAGAUGGUGAACAGCCAUUUUCCGAAGCAACUCCUUUGUUAUUUUAGCUGUGUGCUUAGGGUCAUUGUCUUGUUGGAAGGUGAACCUUCGGCCCAAUCUGAAGUCCUGAGCACUCUGGAAGAGGUUUUCUUCCAGGAUAUCUCUGUACUUGGCCGCAUUCAUCUUUCCUUCCAUCGCAACCAGUCGUCCUGUCCCUGCAGCUGAAAAACACCCCCAUACAUGAUGCUGCCACCACCAUGUUUCACUGUUGGGAUUGUAUUGGGCAGGUGAUGAGCAGUGCCUGGUUUUCUCCACACACACCGCUUAAAAUUAACGCCAAAAAGUUCAAUCUUGGUCUCAUCAGACCAGAGGAUCUUAUUUCUCAUAGUCUGGGAGUCCUUCGUGUGUUUUUUGGCAAACUCUAUGCAGGCUUCCGCGGGGCCACUCUGCCAUAAAGGCACUGUGCUCUUAGGAACCUUGAGUGCUGCAGAAAUUAUUUUGUACCUUGGCCAGAGCCGUGCCUUGCCACAAUUCUGACGCUAAGCUCCGUGGGCAGUUCCUUCGACCUCAUGAUUCUCGUUUGCUCUGACAUGCACUGUGAGCUGUACGGUCUUAUAUAGACAGGUGUGUGCCUUUCCUAAUCAAGUCCAAUCAGUUUAAUUAAACACAGCUGGACUCCAAUGAAGGAGUAGAACCAUCUCAAGGAGGAUCAGAAGAAAUGGACAGCAUGUGAGUUAAAUAUGAGUGUCACAGCAAAAGGUCUGAAUACUUAUGACCAUGUGAUAUUUCAGUUUUUCUUUUUUUAAUAAAUUUGCAAAAAUUUCUAUGUUUUUUUCUGUCAAGAUGGGGUGCUGAGUGUACAUUAAUGAAAAAUAAAAUGAACUUUUUUGAUUUUAGCAAAUGGCUGCAAUGAAACAAAGAGUAAAAAAUUUUAAAGGGGUCUGAAUACUUUCCGUACCCACUGUAUAUACCUUAACUAUGAAAGACAUGGUGAGAGGAAAACUCUUACGAAAGCUGUCAGGAGAGGACCGAGGAGAUUUUAUCAUGCCCCACUAAGAUGGAGAUGAGGUACUAAGUUAAGAAGCAGUUUCAGAGAAGCUGAAAGGAGCUGCUAACCCUGGCAGUAAUUUCAUGAGUCAGUGGGGAGUUUUUGUGUUAUGAUAAAAUGCCUUCUCAGGGUUUUCUGCCCUGACGUAACAAAAAAGGUCUAUUGGAAACUCUGCUGGAAUCCUGGGACAUUUUUGGCAGUAAAAUGGCCACGUAAGCAAGAUGCUUACGUGACGCACAUACCACCGUCAGUAGCUUAUAUUAAAAGGACCCUUUUACUGCAGUUUUGUAACUGUAUGUCACACAUCUGUUGACCGGUUUUGUGUCUGGACAUUUAGUUCAAUACUGCAUUUUCACAGUAUAGUGUGGCAACAAAUCUGUUCAAUUAAUAGAGUGGUUGUUUUUCAUUAACUGUUAUGACCAUAACUCAAGAUGCCAAACACAAAGUCAAAACCACAGAUAUCAGAAAAAAGUUUCUCUGUAAAUCAUUAUUGUUUCAAUACAAUUCAAGUAAAACUUGUCGGAAAUGACAUCAACAGUCUGUAUAAACAUUGUGCAAUUCA